ACUCUCACCAUCAUCCAUAAUGCUCCAAGUUCUCAACGUCCAAGCCUUCAACUAUUUUGUUACUCUUCAUCUGUAAACGAAUCGUACCUUGUUUCUCCCUCUCCCCACACAAGACAAGAUCCCUUCCUAUUGUAUAUUGCAGCGUUUCUUCCCCCUUUCUCCGCAUCGAUUCCGUCCUAAACGCACACUAGAGCGAGAGAUUUAAUGGCGAAGCCUCGUAAGCCAUCGAAGAAUGAAGUUUCCAAGUCUGAUACCUCUUCCGUUGAAGCCAUAGUUCUUCAUCAAAAGCUUUGUCUUUCUAUCGACCUCGAUAAGCAUCGAAUUUAUGGUUACACUGAGCUGGAGAUUGCUGCCCCUGACAGUGGAGUUAUUGGCCUGCAUGCUGAAAAUCUGGAGAUUGAGAGAGUUUUUGUGGAUGGGGAGCCAGCAGAGUUUUAUGAUUUCCCUCAUUAUCAACCUGUUGAAAUUGAGAACAGGUGGUGUUCUGUUUCAUCUGUGAGUUCUGCUGCAGAUGCUGCGGGUGUGACUUACAUAUCAGCUUUGGAAAGAGAAUUAGUUCCAAAUCUGCUGAUUCUUUGCCGUAAGCCAUUUGACAAUGGGAAUCAACAAGAAGCACAACUGAAUCUUGAAAAUGGGGGGCAAUCAGAUGAAGAAGUGAAAAAGAAUGUGAAAUUGAUUAGAAUUGACUAUUUGGUGGAGAAAGCAGAGGCUGGAGUGCACUUUGAUGAUGAUGUAUUGCAUACCAAUAAUCAGAUCAGACGCGCCCACUGCUGGUUUCCAUGUAUGGAUGAUAGUUUACAGCGCUGCUGCUAUGAUCUAGAAUUUACUGUUCCUCAUAACUUUGUAGCUGUCAGCAAUGGAAAGCUAAUUUAUCAGGUUUUGAGCAAGGAUGAUCCCCCCCGCAAAACUUUUGUGUAUAAAUUGGAUGUUCCAAUAUCUGCACGAUGGAUAUCUUUGGCAAUAGCACCAUUUCAGAUCCUUCCAGACUAUCAUAAUACCCAUCUAUCGCACAUGUGUUUACCGGGAAAUGUAUCGAAACUUCAAAAUACCGUGGGUUUUUUCCAUAGUGCAUUCAGACAUUAUGAAGUUUACCUUAGAUCUCUAUUUCCGUUUGGGUCGUACAAGCAAGUAUUUAUAGCUCCUGAGAUGGUGAUAUCUUCGGUGACUUUGGGGGCUUCCAUGAGUGUCUUCAGUUCUCAAGUCCUUUUCGAUCAGAAGGUUAUAGAUCAGACCAUAGACACAAGGAUUAAGCUUGCUUAUGCUCUUGCACGUCAGUGGUUUGGUAUCUAUGUUACUCCUGAAACACCAAAUGAUGAGUGGUUGGUUGAGGGUCUUGCUGGUUUCCUGACUGAUACAUACAUCAAAGAAUAUUUGGGGAAUAAUGAGGCGCGCUACAGACGCUAUAAGGCAAAUUGUUCUGUUUGCAAGGCUGAUGAUAGCGGCGCAACAACUUUGAGCCCUUCUGGCUCUUUAAAAGAUCUGUAUGGUACACAGUCAGUUGGUCUUUAUGGUAGAAUUCGUUCUUGGAAGUCUGUGGCUAUUCUUCAAAUGUUGGAAAAGCAGAUGGGUCCAGAUUUGUUCAAAGGGAUUUUGCGGACCAUAAUUUCUCGAGCUCAAGAUGGUACUCAAUCAUUGAGGACGCUUAGCACAAAGGAGUUCCGUCAUUUUGCCAAUAAGCUUGGUAAUCUUGAGCGGCCUUUCCUUAAGGAAUUUUUCCAUCGAUGGGUGGAGACUUGUGGCUGUCCCAUCCUAAGGUUGGGGUUUUCCUACAAUAAGCGCAAAAAUAUGGUCGAAUUGGCUGCUUUUCGUGAUUGCACGGCCACUCCUAAUGCUUAUGCACCUGCACCUAGCAAUAAUAUUGAUUCUGAAAACCGUGAAGGUGAUUGUGGUUGGCCUGGCAUGAUGACUAUAAAGGUUCACGAGCUUGACGGUACACAUGACCAUCUCUUACCCAUGGCUGGUGAUGCCUGUCAGGUAUUAGAAAUAAAAUGUCAUUCAAGACUUGCUGCUAAGCGUUUCCAGAAGUCUAAAAAAAGUGCUAAACCUGAUGGCUCUGAUGAUAACGGUGAUACCGUUACAACUGUGGACAUACGCUCUAGUACAGAAUCACCAUUGUUAUGGGUCAGAGCGGACCCUGAGAUGGAAUAUCUUGCGCACAUUCACUUUAACCAGCCUCUACAGAUGUGGAUUAAUCAAUUAGAGAAGGACAGAGAUGUUGUUGCUCAAGCUCAAGCAAUUGCAACAUUGGCAGAAUUACCAAGUGUCCCCUUUCCUGUAAUCAAUGCUCUAACUAAUUUCAUUGCUGACUCCAAGGUCUUCUGGAGAGUACGAAUAGAGGCAGCUUUUGUUCUGGCAAAGCUUGCAUCAGAGGAGACCGAUUGGGCUGGCAUGCUUAAUCUUGUUAAAUUUUAUAAAGCAAAAAGAUUUGACGCCUCCAUUGCAUUGCCCAAGCCUAAUGACUUUGAUAAUUUCUCCGAGUACUUUGUCCUUGAGGCUAUUCCACAUGCUGUAGCUACUGUGAGAACUUCGGACAAUAAAAGCCCAAGAGAAGCUGUGGAGUUUGUCUUGCAAGUCUUGAAGUAUAAUGAUAAUAGCGGUAACCCUUUCUCUGAUGUAUUCUGGUUGGCUGCUCUAAUUGAAGCAGUAGGAGAGCUUGAAUUUGGGCAACAGAACAUAUCUUGCUUAUCGUCUCUUCUUAAAAGGAUUGACCGGCUGCUGCAAUUUGAUAGGUUAAUGCCAAGCUAUAAUGGGAUCCUUACAAUCAGUUGCAUCAGAACUAUUACUCAAAUGUCAUUGAAGCUUUCAGAAUUCAUCCCUGUUGAUAGUGUUUGGGAAUUGAUCAAAUCAUUUCAGGACUACAAACUCAUUUGGCAAGUCAGGAUCGAGGCAAGGAGAGCUCUUCUUGAUAUUGAGUUCUACUACAAGGGUAUAGAUGCUGCAUUGGUUUUGUUCAUGAAAUUUUUGGAGGAAGAAUCAUCCUUAAGAGGGCAGGCAAAGUUGGGCAUACAUAUGAUCCGGCUGAGCCAAAUUAGUGCUGGCUCUGGUUCUAGUGAUGAUCUAAAGAGCCCAACUCUUGUUGCUUUGCUUCGUUUGCUUGAAAGUCGCGUAGCAUUCCACAAUGUGUUUCUUCGGCAUCACUUGUUCUGCAUUUUACAAGUCCUUUCUGGCAGGAUUGGAACUUGGAAGAGUUUAAAGGACUGGGGGAUAGUUGCUGGUAAUUUGCUACCCCAUCUAUGCAACAGCAUGGUUUUUUGCAUUUAAACAUUUUACCUUUAUUUCAGGCGUCCGACUCUAUAUGCUAUCCCCAGAGAUCACAUGCGUCAAUCUGGCCAUGCAGAGAUUUGCAGUGAGCAGAGGAACAAUUUUUUAGCUUUUAUCAAUCAAAUUAAGCCCAUAGAGCCUCUUAUUGAAAUUCAGAGCCCUCGCCAGGGUGGUUUGAUGGUGCAAGAAACAUGCGGAGAUGUAGAUAUCAUUUCCGAUAGUCAGCCACAGAAAAUACCAGCUUUGGAAGCUUUCAAAGAUGUUUAUGUGGUGUCCAAUACAACUGGGGUUCAUGUGGAUCUAGAACCGGUAGCUCUUGGAGUUGGAGAUGCUCCAGAAGCUUUCAAAGAUGCAUUUGCUAAUUCUAAUGGUUUGGGGCAAACAACGACACCUGCGCAUGAAGCUCUGAGGGACGCUGAUACUCUCUCUAAUAGUCGGGUGAAUUUGAUGCCAGCUCAAGAAGUUUUGAGAGAGGCAGAUACUGUUUCAACUAGUCAAGAUCGGAAGUUACCAGUUCUUAAGAUCCGGGUGAAGCAAACGACAUCCAAUAAAAGCGAGAAGGUUGACAUUUUGACCCAAGAAAGAUCUCAGCCUGGCAUUGAAACUAAUCCAGUGGCUAGCAGUUCUCUUUCUGUUGAUGCACCACAAAGAAAUUUGACAGAAGCUACUGUUAGUGUAAGCAAUCAAAUUACCGAAGAAGUAAAUUCAUGCCAGGGUCGUGGGUCCCAUAUGACAGCCAGUAUUGGCAGUGCCAAACCAGUUAGAGAAGACGGUGAUGAGUUUGGAAAAGAGCUUUUGUGCACUGCUGAUUCUAGCAGCAUUCCACCACCGCAACAACUCGUGUGCACUGCUGAUUCCAGCACUCCAGCACUGCAACAACUUGAUGAUCGAUUAUCACUCAGUAUUGCUAAAGAUAUCCUCCCGAAGUCUGAAAUACAAAAACAUGAGUUUCAGUCAUUGUCCGAAGCUGCUGAAGAUGUCGAUGGGGUUUCAGCCAAUCCAUUAUCCCAUGGUAAAGAGAAAUCAAAGAAGAAAGACAAGGAUAAGAGAAGAAAGAGGGAUGACCAUAAAAGCCACCGGGAUGAUCCUGAAUAUUUAGAAAAGAAGCGUUUAAAGAAAGCGAAGAAACAAAGGGAAAAGGAAAUGGCAAAAUUGUUGAACGAGGAAAGGAAGACUAUAUCAGGGGAUGAGUACAGAAGGGUAGAGAAUGAAAAAAGAUUGCACAAUCCCGAUACAAUGUCCGUUUCAACUGAAUGUAUGGGUAGAAAUGAAGAGCCUACGAUAAAUAGUCUCAAGGAUAGACCUUUGAAUCUGGAUGCUCCAUUAGAACCAUUGUCGAAAAGUAGGGCCGAUCUUGAACACCGGGAAGCCAUUGUUAGAUUAAAACCAAAUGAACCCAAAUUGGUCUUAAAAACAAGUGAUCCUAAACCUGGAGUGCCUGAAGGUAGCUCAGGUCACAAAUUAAGAAUCAGGAUAAAGACUCGAAAAUAAAGCCCUCCAUAGUGUAAAAUUCUAUACUACUAAUUUCCUUUUUUAGGUGUUACUGUUAGGUUUUUUUACUGAUGUGUGCUCUCCUUUCUGUAGUGUUAUCAGUUAUGGCCCAUUUAUUCUCAACAGGAUUAGCCAUGUAACUGUAAUAGUGUUUAGAAAUCCUAGCCCUAUACUAUAUUCUGUACUUGGCAAAUUGUUAAUGAAGAUAACUCAAUCUGUUGCAUAA